AUGAAUCCUCACAUCCAUCGCCCGUGUAGGGUCUGUGGCCGGCCCACUUCCCAAUGGUGCAGUCGAUGCAAUAAUGCCCAUUAUUGCUCGUCAGAACAUCGAAACGCUGACUGGGAGAAUCAUCGGGGAGACUGUCGGUCGACACCUCUGUUAAUCGCGACACCCCCUCCCAUCGUUACUGAAGUGGUCCGGGUCCCUGCCAUUUUAUUUGCAGCAGAUGAAGAUCGACCGCGGAUGGUCGAAAUAGACUGUCGCCCUCCCCAUCGACCAUCGCAAGGCCUUUGCCCCAUUCCAAUUCUCCAACCGUAUUUCAACUCGGUGCCUGGUCAAGUCGUCAUUACUCAAGGUCUCAACGGCGAAGUCCUACGUUUUCCGUUACAUGUCUUCUACUCUGCGUCAGCCCUGGGUAUCGGGUCACCAGUCAACCACGCUGUCCACCACAUCACAUCGGGAGCUGCCUCGCGCCCUUGGGCAGGCAAUGUUAUUGCUCUCAAGUUCAGCGGCUCGCGACGGCAAGGCUAUAUCGCGGCUGGAUCCAAUGAUCUUCCUGCGCUUUCAGCUUACUUUUUGUCCUACUAG